AUGAACACCAAAACGAUGCGUUUACCCCCACGUCGCGUUCUAACGACCGAAAAGCGCAAAGAAAGAGACGGCGUUAUCUCCUCCGUCGCGAAGCCGCCGGAAUCCACCGUGACGAAGUUUCCUCCACCGCCGAAUCUUGCUCCUCCGACGGUUAAUUCCAUUUCCAAGAAAGCUCUAAUCGCAGCCGAGCCGGUCGGCUCGAACCAGCUAAUGUUAGCCGGUUACUUGAGUCACGAGUUUCUCACCAACGGCACACUCUUCGGGGAGCAAUGGAAUCCGGCUCGAGCCCAAGCCGGUCCACCCGAGCCAAAGAAGGUAAAGCCGAACCAUGCAGUUGAGCCGGUUGAGGAAAGUGAGCCGAAACGGAAGCGGUACAUGGAAGUCGCUAAUCUCCUCAGGUCAGAUGGGGCCCACAUGCCCGGCAUCGUCAAUCCUGCCCAGCUUGCCCGAUUCCUCAAACUGUGAUCGGCGUAAUCCGGCGUACACGUGGAUGCGGAUCAUUGGUCCGUCCCCCAGCAAGCAAGACAGCCCUAAAACCAGAAUCCGCCGCUCCUCUCUCUCUCUAUCCUUUUUUGUUUUGUUUCAAAUCUUCUCGUAUGUAAAGCGCUGACUCUCUCUCUCUAUCGCUCUCUUUCAUCGUCUUCUUCCUCGAAAUCGAUCGAGAAAGUCUAGAGUUUGUUGCGAGUAAGCAGUACUCUGAAUCGUGACCAUAGGAUUAACACCAAGAGCCGUAGGCAAAACACUCGCAUCACAUACAAACAAACCCUCCGCCUCCCAGCUCUCUCCGUAUCCAUCAACAGCUCCUUCCUCCUCCGUCGCGCCCAUACGGCAACACCCCAUCUGAUGCGCCGUGAACGAAUGAGUCCACCGCCUACUCAUCGACACAACUCCAGCCGGCGCAUCCACCGUCUCCAAAAACUUCUCCAGAUCCUCCUCCUUGACUCCAUCGCACUUCAACCUCUGCCCAUCGCUCCUAUACGUCCCCACCUCCUCCGCUCCCGCAGCCACCAAGAUCCGUAACGCUCGUCUCAACCCCGUCGUCAGAUUCUCUUCAUCCGCUUUCGUUAAUUUGUAUUUAACAAUCCCUCCCUUUACUUCCCCGACGCCUUCGUCUCUAACCAUUACGAAAAUGUGAGACGUUCUUGAAUAUUUUGCUAAUCUCUCCUUAAUGUCUUUCCCAGAGACCCACGGGAUGAGAGCCGCGAAGGUCCCUGGACCUAACGCUGGAGUUUCCAGCGUUAUGUUUGGGGUUGUAGAGUCUAUUUCGAAUACGUAGUGUAACGAAGUCAUGAUCUCUCCCUCGUGAGCUGCUCCGUUGAAGUUCGAGUUUUUCUCAGGGAAGUAUCCCCACGCCAUGAGUAUAGGGUGGAUGUGGAGACCCCGACCGAUGUUUGGAUUCUUCAACCCGCUUGAAGAUAACAGCCCCGGUGUCAUUAGUGAGCCGCAAGCUACAACUGUCACUUUAGCAUUGAUCUCAAUCUUAUUAAUUGUUGUGUUUGAUAUUGAAACUGUGACUCCCAAGCAUCUUUUUUUUCUUCGUCCACUCUCUGUUUCAGCAAAGAUCAGCUUAUCGGCCCUGCACUGUGUUAGGAUAACAGCAUUGUUGUCAACUGCAUCAACUAACCAUGUUAUAUCCGUUCCUCUCUUAUCACCAGUUUUGCAACCGAACGAGCAGCUACCGCAGUAAUGCUCCUCUGACGAAUUCCUCGGCACUACGGUCACAUCCAGCCUGAGCUUUUCGCAGCCUUUACGCAGUAUCUGGUUCUGAAAACCUUCUCUGAUGACUUUAUCGGUGACGCAUAUUCUCUUGCAAACACUUUCCAUAGCAGCUGUGUAUCCCUCUCUAGCGAAUGUUGCGAUCCCUCUAUCAACUGACCAUUCUUCGAUGAUCGCGUCAGGUGUUUUCAACGAAGCCGCCCAGUUUACAACCGACCCGCCGCCGAGAGUUGACCCCGCCAUGAACCUGAACCUCCCGUCGUGUGUCAUCAGCAACCCGUUGGCUUCGAACAUCUCGAACAUGGAAGGGCCUUCGAGUGUUGAGUAGUCUUGCGGCACGAAGUAGUUCCCUUUCUCGACGACUAUUACCUUAAGGCCUGACUUCGCUAGGUUCGCUGCUGCGACUCCUCCUCCGCAGCCGGAGCCUAUUACCACUGCAUCGCACUCGAUCUUGAAAGUGUUGCUUUCUUUGUCCUCUUUGAGUUUAAGUCCUUUGUUGAUCAUGAGUUGCUUGAUGGUUGCCUCGUCUUCUUUUGCGGUCUCGAUGAUCCCUUUCUCUAGAGGCCUUUGCUUGCGUUCAAUGUCCUCGUUUUCACCUAUGUCCACCUUGUAGCCAAUUGCAUCCCAUGCCGGGUUCUCUGUAUUUUCAUUUGUCUGUUCAUGUGUAUUGAGUUAGUUUAUUAUACCAUGUUAUUGAAUAGAACAACACAUCAUCAUAACCAAACCAAUACACUUGAAUUUAAAGUAUAUUAUUCAGAUGA